CAGGCAUGAAGGUCUGAAUUUAUUUUUAAUCACCCAUACUGAAUACAAGCUUUACUCUCACCGACACUUUUCGAAGGCUCUCCAGCGCCUUCGAAAUGAUUCUGGGAAACAUAUGCGCACUUGCUGAGUAUCUCCAGCUCCCGCCCGAGCGAACAGAGGCGAUGUGCGACCAAAAAUAAUAUUGUUGCGCAAGGUUCGAACUCUGGUCCUCAAAACAUCGGCCGAUCUCUUAGGGUCUGUUCGGCUGCCAGGGAUUUAGCGUAGCGUAAGAGCAGCGUAGGAUUUCGGAAGGAUUAGCGCUAGAUUUUGAUCACCCGGCUUUUGCAGCGCUUCCGGCGUGACAUCCAUUUUGGGAAGGCGCUGCUCCGUAGAACUGCACUGCUGCUCUGACGCGUUGCGACGUAUCCUGUAAGCCCGUCCAGUAGAGUAUUUGUCUCAUCAUCGGUCCAAGAUGCACGUGUGCCAGUAGAUGCGGUUUCUUCCUUUUUAUCCACAGCUUGGUCUUCAUCUGGUCCAGAGCUUCCUCGAGGUGCGUCGCGCGCGUCGCGUUUGGCCAUGGAAGGAUCUGGAGGUGCCGUGGAAAGUCACAUCAGUCACUUGCUUACAAAAUGCACAGGGGAGCCGGGCGAUCAAAAUCUAGCGCUAAUCCUUCCGAAAUCCUACGCUGCUCUUACGCUACGCUAAAUCCCUGGCAGCCGAACAGACCCUUAACAGAAGGGCCAGAAGGCCUAGGUCGGAGAGAAGUGGCAUCAGAUGGAAUUCGGUGCUUGCGGCGUUCCGACGCCGCUUCAGCCCAGUCUUGAACUUUUAAGCGUCCCCAGCGAUAUCGAUGUAGGCCGUUAAAGGACUGGUCCGACUGGACUAACGCUGUGCUUGACUGUAUGAGACGGGAUACGAACCGCGCAUGGCGUGAACAAUGCAUACGAUCCAGCGCCUUUCUUUUCCGAAGUUCAAGCUCGUUUAUUCGGGCCGCCGGUGUCACAGAACCACGAUUUCAGGGCCAAAUGACCACCUAUGGCUGACGAAGGCACGCGAAUGCACCAAAGACACGCAACGCAUCGGCAGGAACGUGGAAUCCGCGAGGCUCAAUCCAGGAGUACUUAUAGGGAAAUGGGCAGCAGCGGAAAUACUCACCAUGUCUCUCCUCGAUCGCCCCCCUGCGCCUCCCACCAAACUCGGUGUAUAUCGGAUUCUUUCGCCCAACGCGGGAGUCCAUGUCUCUCCGCUGCAGCUUGGGGCGGGCAGCAUCGGCGACCAGUGGCACAAGCUGGGGAUGGGCGCGAUGGACAAAACGGAUAGCUUCAAGCUUCUCGACGCGUAUUUCGACGCAGGCGGUAAUUUCAUUGACACUGCCAACGGAUAUCAGGACGAGACAUCUGAGAUGUUCAUCGGCGAGUGGAUGGAGCAGCGGGGGAUCCGGGACCAGAUCGUCCUUUCGACCAAGUUCACGAUGAACUUCAAAGCCCGCCAGAAUGUUCAGCACCAGGUCAACUACGCCGGGAACAACCGAAAGUCGAUGACGCUCAGUGUCGAGGCCAGCCUCAAGAAACUCCGCACGUCGUACAUCGACAUCUUGUAUGUCCACUUCUGGGACUGGGACACGAGCAUCCGCGAAUUGAUGGACGGGCUGCACAAUCUCGUCGCGCUUGGAAAGGUUCUGUAUCUCGGCAUCUCGGACACCCCGGCGUGGGUGGUCGCACAAGCCAAUCAGUACGCACUCGACCACGGAAAGUCGCCCUUCGCCAUCUACCAGGGCUGCUGGAACGUUCUGGACCGGUCAUUGGAACGCGAGGUCAUCCCCAUGGUCCGUGCACAUGGCAUGGCGCUAGCGCCCUGGAACGUUCUAGCCCAGGGAAAGUUCCGCACGGAUGCCGAAGAGGAAGCCCGGCGUGUGUCCGGGGAGAAAGGACGCAUGUUAUUCAGCGCCGACUGGGAACGAAACGAGGACGAGAAGAAGAUCUCACACGCACUGGAAAAAGUAGCUGGGGAGAUCGGGGCUAAAAGCAUCACUUCCGUUGCGAUUGCAUACCUGAUGCACAAGGUGCCGUACUGCUUCCCAAUCAUCGGGGGGAGGAAAGUAGAACAUCUCAUGUCGAAUAUUGAGGCCCUCGAGGUCUCACUCUCCCCGGAACAAAUCAAAUUCUUGGAGGGUGUUCUGAAGUUCGACCCUGGCUUCCCAGCAACCAUGAUCGGAAAUGGCAUUACACCCACACCGUUUUUGGAAACAGCCGGGCACUAUGACCGGGUCCCCGUUCAGCAGACGAUUCCUCAUACGAAACAAUGAGCGGAGAGGGACGGAACGGUCGAGUGAAAACCCCAGGGACGGAAGCGUAGGUCGCAAUGUAUUUGGAGUUCUCAGGACUCAAUGGAAGCGUGCCGUAAAAUUGAAGCCACUGGCUGUUCUUUACUCUGUUAGAGAAACUCGUGACUGGCCACCCGGAUGCCGCGCCUUGGCUUCCUCGGCCGGGUGCAUCCCGUGGCUCCAGCCAUGUGUAUUGAGCCUUGACUCCAGCUUACUCGAGC